ACAUCUUUAAAAAAAAAAAACUGAUUUGAGAUCAGACCGGCCCAACCCAACCAUCCAGAUUAGCUUCUUAGGUUGACAUCUUAAGAACAUAAUCUGAUUAAUGCUGCAAGAAGCUCAGAAGCAGCUACUUCCAGUUCCAUCCAGUCCCGUAACUGGGAUUCAGUGGCUUUGCUGGUGCCACAUGAGCUCCAAGGAGCUGCUAAGAGCAACCCGGGUGGUCCUCGGCCGUUAACACAGCCCCGGUUCCCUUCAAGGCCUUCGGCCGCAGAUGGUGGCUGCCAGAGGACCCCUCGGCCACUACCAUGAGGCCGACCGUGCAAAGGAGGGCCAGCCUCUCGGCCAACAUGAAGCUUGGGGUCUGUCAGAAGUGCUGCCGGACCCCCAACAAUGUGGACCUCUUCAUCCCCUUCUCUCAGGAGAAGCUGGUCAAGCGGUGGAGCUCCAUGGACAAUUUGGCCAACUGGGCCCAGGACAACGGCGAUGAACUGUCCCACCCGUGGGAUCCGUGUUUCUUGACCCUCAACGUUGGAGGCCAGCUCUUCCACAUUGCCCUCCGAGUGGCAGCCAAGUACCCCCUCACCAGGAUCGGGCAACUGGCCACCUGCACGGAUCCCGUGAAGAAACUGGAGCUCUGCGACGACUACUCGGUACUGAGGAACGAGUAUUUCUUCGACCGAAACCCUCUGGUCUUCAACCACGUCUUCCACUUCUACCACAGCGGCGUCAUGUGCAUCCUGACCGAGUUCUGCUCAGCCAACUUCCUGGAGGAGAUCGAGUACUGGGGGAUCCACAUGAAGUAUACCCAGCGGUGCUGCCGGAUCCUCUUCGAGGAGCAGCACGACGAGAUGGUGGAGUACCUGAAGAUCCAGCGGAUGCUGGAGGCCGAGCUGGAGACGGUCGAGAAGGAGGAGCACUUCGAGGGGAAGUUCCUGGGCCAGUUCCGGAAGGCCGUCUGGAACCUGAUCGAGAACCCGUACUCCUCCACCCUGGCUAAAUUCACGGCCAUCCUGUCCAGCUUGUGUGUCCUCUUCUCAGUCGUGGGGAUGACCCUCAGCACCGUGAAGGAGAUGCAGGACCAGACCACCAAGCAGUUCAUGCAGCACAUGGAGACCGCCUGCGCCAUCUUCUUCACCCUGGAAUACUUCAUGCGGCUGGUCUCCACCUCCAGCCCCCAGCAGUUCUUCCGGGCGGCCUUCAGCGCCAUCGACCUGGUGUCCAUCCUGCCCUUUUACAUCCAGGUCAUCUUCGAGUACCUGGGCGGGGAGGACGCCGAAGACAACGAGGAGAUGCACCAGAUGCGCAAUGUGGGGAAGCUGGGCAAGGUCCUGAAGCUCAUCAAGCUGAUGCGGAUCUUCCGUAUCCUCAAGCUGGCCCGGCACUCUACGGGGCUGAGGGCCUUCGGCUUCACCCUCCGGCAGUGCUGCCAGCCGGUCUGCUGCCUCCUCCUCUUCAUCGCCAUGGGCAUCUUCACCUUCUCCGCCCUCAUGCACUCCGUCGAGCACGACAUCCCGAACACCAACUUCACCAGCAUCCCUGACGCCUGGUGGUGGGCGGCCGUGAGCCUCUCCACCGUGGGCUACGGGGACACCGUGCCGGACACCUUCCUGGGCAGGGUGGUGGCCUUCGGCUGCAUCGCCUUCGGCAUCAUCCUCAACGGGAUGCCCAUCUCCAUCCUCUACAACAAGUUCUCCGACUACUACGCCAAGCUCAAGUCCCAGGAGGACAAGACCAGCGUGGCCCUCAAGACCCCCCGGAAGCAGACCCUCAAGGAGAGGUUCUGGAACAAGAUGAACCAACGCUGCUGACCCCAACGGCAGCAGCCGGGCAGCCCUGACCCCGGGCUCAGCCCAAGCCCCCCUCACUCCCCCACCCCGUGGCUUCCCACCCCCCACCCCCAGCCACGCCUCCACCCCGUCAGAUAGGUCCUGCCUCCGUGCCAGGCUGGCCAGUCAGGCCAUCUUUGCUCCCUCGCACCCGGGACAGCCAGCCAGCCUUGCCCUCCUUUCCCGGCCGACGCUGGGGGUGGGGGGGGGAAGGGAGGGGGCAGAGAUGGUGGGCAGGGGAGAUGGCGGAUUCCCCACCACCACCUUCCUUCCGUCUAUCCAGAGCUGAGCCGGCUGCCAUAAAAGCACAGGUAGUCCUUGACGUACAACAGUUCGCUUAAUGACCGUCCAAAGUUACGACGGCACCAAAAAACGUCACUUAUGACCGUUUUCCACAGUUGCGACCUUGCAACACCCCCGUGAUCAAAAUUCCGAUGCUUGGCAACUGACUCAUAUUUAUGACGGUUGCAGUGUCCCGGGGAUAAUGCGACGAUUCACUUAACAACCGGGUCACUAGCUUAACGAAUGCAAUGAUUCACUUAACAGCUGUGCCAAGAAAGGUCGUGAAAUGGGGGGAAACUCACUUAAACAAAUGUCUCACUUAGCAACAUAAAUUUUGGGCUCGAUUGCCGUCGUCACGGGAGGGCUAGAAGCCCCUGUAACCCCAACGUCUGUUUAGUCCUGGGUGGUUCAGCUUCGGCCUGGUCUUCUGAAGACCCACCUGGCAGCCAAGGGUUGGGAUUCGCUGGCAAGGCCCUGAUGCCCAAAGGAGCCUCGGAAACCGCCUGCCCUGGGCUUUCCCUACAGGCAACGAACCUAUCUAGCCCUCCUUCCUCCUCCUCCUCCUCUUUUCCCCACCACAACAACCCUGUGAGGUAGAUUGGGCCGAAAAAGAGGGGGGGUUGGGCCAAAGUCUCCCGGCCGGCUUUCACACCAGCUAAGGUGGGACUGGAACUCCCCGACUCCUGGC